AUGCUUGUGAGGUUUCUAAUACUCCUUGUAUUUGUAGUUGGCAUGGUUUAUGCCGAGCCAUAUAACUGCAAAGGUAAUUAUAUUCAAUCAGAUUACAUUGGUAAACUUCGAGUUCCAAUCAAUUGCGAUCUUACGCGUACAGACUGUCCGUCUUCUUGGAAGUCUGGAAUUCCUGAAGGCAGCGAAACAUCUGCGCCAAUGAUUGACCAGAAAUUUUUGAACUGUCAAGAAGGUUUUACUUUGUGUGGAUAUGUCUCGAUCGAUCCAAAAUCCGGUGCCGUCCUUGGGCAAAGAGGCGUUACGAUUGGCGCUGGUGUUGAUCUUGGAAGCAAGUCGAGGGCAUCUUUCACGUCAUUGUCAAGCACAUUGGUUGACAAACUUGAACCUUACUUUGGUUUGAAACGAAAUCUCGCUGCCUGUGCUGCGAUUGAACGUCCCUUGAGACUAACGCUAGCGGAGGCAAACAAUUUAACACGUACAGUUACAAACGAUGUCGUUACUGAAGUUUCAAAAAGAUACAACAGUGAUAAAGAUGACAAUGCGUUGGCAUUUGCAUCAGUUCCUCGCGGAAUUCGCACUGCCAUCGUCAGCCUUUGGUAUCAGUUUGGUAAUCCUACGGCUUAUCCAAGGUUUUGGAGAUUUGUGACGAAAAACAAUUGGGACAAUGCAAUAAAAGAAUUGAGAAAUUUCUACACGAAUCCGAACGAGCAGGCUAGAGGAGACUUGAUUAGACGAAACAACGAAGCGGACAUAAUUGAAGCAACUCUUGUUAGAUGCAACCGCUCUGUUGACGUUGUUUUCUUGAUAGAUGAAUCUGGAAGUGUUUCCCUCGGAGACUUUAAUGACAGCCUCGAUUUUGUAAAGAACAUGAUAAAAGCAUUUCCAGAUGAUAAACUCAGUGGGGAAAAUGGCACUAGAUUCGGUUUGUCCACAUUCAGUACUCUCUAUAAAUCACAUUUCUAUCUAUCAGACAACACAGAUCAGUCAGAGUACCUUUCUGCAGUCAGUCAAGUGUCGUACACCCAUGGAUCUACCUAUCUUGGUGAUGCUCUAGAACAC